AAAACACUUUCCAGUAAAACACUUCGAGAAUAACGCAGCUGUCUUCUCUCUUUUCUUUCUUUCUUUCUUUCUUUGUCUAAGCUCGCAACAAUGGCGACGAAGAAUCAGCCAGAAGUAGAGAAACAAAACGGGAACUCUAUAGAAGAAGAUGAAAAAGUUCCCAUAGAGGAGGUGGCUUUGACUGUUCCCGAAACCGACGACCCAACAAUGCCAGUGAUGACUUUUCGUACAUGGUUUCUCGGUUUAGCUUCCUGUACGUUGCUAAUCUUCCUCAACACGUUCUUCACCUACCGCACGCAGCCGCUCAUCAUCUCGGCCAUCCUCAUGCAGAUUGCCGUGCUCCCAAUUGGGAAAUUCUUGGCCAGAGCUCUCCCCACGAGGGAGAUGAGCUUUCUCGGUUGGAGAUUUAGUCUGAACCCGGGACCUUUCAACAUGAAAGAGCACGUCAUCAUCACCAUCUUCGCCAACUGUGGAGUGUCCUAUGGUGGUGGUGAUGCUUACUCCAUUGGUGCCAUCACUGUCAUGAAGGCUUUCUAUAAGCAACGCUUGAACUUUUUUUGUGGGCUCCUCAUCGUCUUGACCACUCAGGUAUUGGGAUAUGGGUGGGCGGGGAUGCUGAGGAGGUACUUGGUGGAUCCUGUUGAGAUGUGGUGGCCUGCAAAUGUUGCUCAGGUUUCUCUAUUCAGAGCACUACAUGAAAAGGAACCGAAUAGUAAAGGCCUAACCAGGAUGAAAUUUUUCCUUAUUGCAUUUGUGGCAAGCUUUGCUUAUUAUGCAUUCCCUGGCUAUAUCUUCCCAAUCUUGACAUUCUUCUCAUGGGUGUGUUGGGCAUGGCCCCACAGUAUAACAGCUCAGCAAAUUGGUUCCGGUUACCAUGGACUCGGUAUUGGUGCCUUUACAUUGGACUGGGCUGGGAUUUCAGCUUACCAUGGCAGUCCUCUAGUGACACCUUGGACAUCAAUUCUCAAUGUUGGGAUUGGAUUUGUGAUGUUCAUCUACAUAAUUGUCCCAUUGUGUUACUGGAAGUAUAACACCUUCGAUGCUCGAAAAUUCCCAAUAUUUUCUAACAAGUUGUUCACUGCUACUGGGCAUGAAUAUGAUACCACCAAGAUUUUGACCCCUCAGUAUGAUCUAAAUAUUCCUGCUUAUGAUAGUUAUGGGAAGCUCUAUCUUAGUCCUCUAUUUGCACUGUCAAUCGGAUCAGGAUUUGCAAGGUUUACAGCAACCCUCACUCAUGUUGCACUCUUUCAUGGAAGUGAUAUUCUGAAGCAGAGCCGAUCAGCAAUGAAGAAUGUAAAAGUGGACAUCCAUACAAGACUGAUGAAAAGUUAUAAACAAGUGCCUCAAUGGUGGUUCUAUAUUCUGUUAAUAGGAAGCAUUGGAAUUUCCCUUUUAAUGUCUUUUGUGUGGAAAGAUGAGGUGCAGCUGCCAUGGUGGGGCAUGCUCUUUGCCUUUGCUUUGGCUUGGAUUGUCACUCUUCCUAUUGGUGUCAUUCAAGCCACUACGAACCAGCAACCUGGAUAUGACAUUAUUGCACAAUUCAUGAUUGGGUAUGUUCUACCAGGAAAGCCAAUUGCCAAUCUUCUUUUCAAGAUUUACGGUCGAAUCAGCACUCAGGUACGAGAGAGAAAGAAUAGACUAGAAUUACUUGGACACUACAUGAAAAUUCCUCCACGGUGCAUGUACACAGCUCAGUUGGUGGGAACUUUAGUAGCAGGUAUAGUCAAUCUUGCAGUUGCAUGGUGGAUGCUGGAGAGUAUUGAGAACAUUUGUGAUGUUGAUUCAAUGCAUCCUGACAGCCCCUGGACUUGCCCCAAGUACAAAGUAACCUUUGAUGCUUCUGUUAUCUGGGGACUGAUUGGACCACAGCGACUGUUUGGACCCAGAGGGAUGUACCGCAACUUGGUAUGGUUGUUCCUCAUCGGAGCAGUCUUGCCAGUUCCUGUCUGGGUAUUGAGCAAAAUUUAUCCAGAAAAGAAAUGGAUUCCCUUGAUAAACAUCCCUGUUAUAUCUUAUGGAUUUGCUGGAAUGCCACCGGCAACUCCCACCAAUAUAGCAAGCUGGCUUGUCACCGGAAUGAUCUUCAACUAUUUCGUGUUCCGAUACCACAAACGCUGGUGGCAGAAAUACAACUAUGUCCUGUCAGCCGCACUGGAUGCAGGAACUGCAUUUAUGGGUGUUCUGUUGUUCUUUGCUUUUCAAAACGAGGGUGUAAACUUGAAGUGGUGGGGCACUCAUGUUGAUCAUUGUCCUCUGGCAACAUGUCCAACUGCUCCAGGAAUUGCUGCUAAAGGAUGCCCAAUUUUUAAGUAGCUAAUAUUGGAUAGGGAGAAUGAUAUGUAACAUAUUAUUUGCUUCUCAAUUUUGUACAUGCUUAUUUACUCUCAUUAGAAGUGAAGUAGAUAAGCUGCUUCUGUAUGGUUGGUAGCAGAAAAUUACUGCCCUUAAGUGCCAUAUUGCUAUUAGUAGUAGCUUACUUUAUAAAUAAAAAAAACAAGUUAUUCCUUCUACCUUCAA